UUUUUCAACCAAACUAUGUAACUAUAUAGAUGCAGAUGAUACACAUCAGGAUUACACAGUAUACGUUUGCUUUUUACUAUACAUUUUUGAACGUUUGUUACAAUAAAGGGUUGAUCAUUACUAUUUGAUAACCUUUUAUUUUGUUAUGUGAAUUAAUGCUUUUCUUACUGUCUUGUAGAAAAGUUUGUCCUGGGACACUAAUUACAAAGCUAAGGGUUUUUACACACUGUAACUCCUAAUCUACCUACAUAACUAUGUACAUUAGCAUAUGAAACACCUUCUAAGAGAAGUAAUAUAGAAUAUGCAUAUGUUAUGAGACUUUGACUUAUUACAUUUGUCUCAUGGACUGGGGUUAAACAUUAAUUCAUCUCUUCUUUGCUCUCCUGCUUUUCACAACUCUAAUCCAGGACACAAUGACAGAGUUUGGGGAAAUUCUACAAAAUGUUGGGGAAUUUGGGCGAUUCCAGAAAUUUUUGGUAUUUCAGAUGUGUUUAAUCAGUUUCUUGAACUCCUUCCACAUGUUUGGACAAGUGUUUAUGGGAAUAUCAGUGCCUCAUCAUUGUAAUACCAGCUGGAUCUUAGAAAAGAAUCCAAACCUAACUGAAGAAUAUCAGCAGAAUUUAACCAUCCCUCAUUAUACAGAAGGCAGCUAUGAGCAAUGCCUCAUGUACACUCCUGUGGACUGGGAUAUAGAAUCUAUUGAAAGAUAUGGACUGAACAGCACAGAGGUCUGCCAGGAUGGAUGGGUGUAUGAUAUGUCACAGCAGAAGUCAACGCUGGUCACAGAGUUUGACCUGGUGUGUCACAGAAAGGAACAGAAGGAUCUCUCCCAGUCCAUUCAUAUGUUGGGGCUGCUUAUUGGAUCUAUUAUUUUUGGUCAUUUAGGAGACAGGAUUGGUAGACGUCCUGUUAUGUUAAUCUCAAUGUUAAUGAUGUUUGCCUUUGGUGUGGGAGCAGCAUUUGUUCCAUAUUUUUAUGUCUAUAUGGUUCUGCGCUGUAUGGUAGGAAUUGGAAUGGCUGGUGUUAUGCUGAACAAUCUCACAUUAGUUGCAGAGUGGGUAGGAGCAUCACAGCGUGCAUUUGCCACUAUCACUGCACAUGUUUGCUUUGCAGUAGGACUAAUAGCUUUGGCUGGGGUAGCUUAUGCCAUCCGAAACUGGAGGUUGUUAGAGAUUGCUUGCUCUGCACCCACAGCCCUGCUGUUCUGGUACUUCUGGUUUCUUCCAGAAUCACCGCGAUGGCUUCUAGCUAAAGGGAAAGUAAAAAAGGCCAAAAAACUCCUCCAGAAAGCAGCAGUUAUGAAUAAACGGGAACUAUCUGAGGAAUUGUUUAAUCAAUUACAAGAAGAAAAACAGGCUACAUCUGGAAACAUGAUAGAUCUUUUUAGGAUCCCAAAUCUGAGAAAAGUAACUCUGAUUAUGUGUUUGAUAUGGUUUGUGAACAGUCUGGUCUAUUAUGGUCUAAGUCUCAGUGUUGGGAGUUUUGGGCUGGACAUUUAUGUCACCCAGCUCAUAUUUGGAGCAGUAGAAGUUCCAGCUCGGAUUGGAGCCAUAUUCAUGGUGGAGUAUUUUGGAAGGAAACCAAGCCAGGCAGCUUGUCUCUUGCUUGGAGGAGUUGUCUGCCUUAUUGUUACUGCAAUACCAAACGAGUUUUCUAUCGUAAUAACAGUGUUGGCCGUAAUUGGAAAAUUUGCAACAGCGUCUUCCUAUUCAAUUUGUUAUAUUUAUGCCGCUGAGGUAUUCCCCACUGUUAUCAGACAAAAUGGAGUGGGUCUUUGCUCUAUGACAUCCCGUGUUGCUGGAAUAAUUGCUCCCCUCAUAAAUCUUUUGGACCAGUAUCAUUCAGCUAUUCCAAUGGCUGUUUAUGGCAGUGGCCCCAUCAUUGGAGGCCUUUCCUGUUUCUUUCUUCCAGAGACACGGAACAGAGACCUCCAGGACCAUACACAUGAUGCCAAUGGAGUGCCAAGAAGCGAGAGCAAAAGAGGACAACAUUUGAUCAAUGGACAUCUUGAACUGAGCACAGAGCUAGAGCAGAAAAGUACACGCUUAUAAGCUGCACCUAAAACAAUUGACGCAGUGUAAUCUGUAAGAACGCUAAAACUGGACUCAUUUGCAUCUUUAUAUUACUGUUUUUUUGUUUGCCAUGCACUUCCAUUUCCUUUAAAUACCCAUGAACAGAUUAAAGAAAAGACAUCGAUUUUUAUGGCCAAUGCACAUUAACACACGCUAAAGAUGUAAACUAGCACCAAUCAAAACAAUGACAAACUUAUGUUUGAGAGUAUGUGCAAUAAAUAAUAUGAAAACCA